GGCCGAUUGACAUGUGCUAUCUGAUGCAAUGGGGCGUGCUGAUGGCGGGUGUGUGGCGCUCGGCCUGAUGCGCGGCUGUAUUGGACGGGAUGCAUGCGACGGUCGGAAUUCUGUUAUCUCGAGUUCCACCAGGGCGCGCGGAAGCUUUUUCUCUCGCAUCCUGGUUUUUUCGGAGCUUCCGGUAUUGUCCCCCCCUGCCCGGUCUGCGGAAGAUGCGAUAUCGGGAGGGAGGAUCUAGGUUUACGCUUUUGGGGAUGCCGCAGCCCCGGGGCCCGCGUGGACCAAGGAGCCCCUCCGCGCAUCGGGGCCCUCCCCGAGGUUCGGCGCGGCGGUCGGGAAGCCGGAGGUGGGCCGUGCGUGAUUGGACCCGGGGCUUGGCCGGAGUCCACAAAAGGGCUCCGGGACGGGCUCGGUUCGGAUGUGGACGAGAUGUGCCAAAUCCAAGCCUUGGAAAGCAGCCUGCAGCAGAAACAGCAGAAGCAGCCGCCUGCUCGCUGGCAUAUGAUUCCGCAGUGCUUCCGCCGCCACCAUGCUGGCUGGCCUCAGGGUGACUUGGACUCGAUGGCGGCCGAUUUUAAUGUGGACCUAGCCAUCGUUUCCCCUCUUUGGCGUGUCUAGCCCGGCCACCACGACACACACACACAGCGCGCACACAGCACACGCAGCGCGUGAGCAGCCUUUUGCAAACCGGGGCCUUGCACUAGCCAAGCUGCUGCAAGGCCUGGGGUUCGUUUUGCUCGGAUCCGCUGUUGGCCCUUCGUGGCCCCAUCGAAUUGCUAAGCCGAGGGUGCGCAUUCGACGACGAGCCCAAUGGAUGCCCGCUGCGGAGGAGGGGUUGGCUGGCAACGGUGGAGCAGCGUUUUUGCGAGUCGUGACUCGGGAAAGCUGCCCGGCCGUGACUGGCUUCUGGGGAGGAGGAGGUUCCGCCUUGGGGGGAUUGAUGCCAUUGGAAGAGGGGGAGGCAUCAAUCGCCGGUGGUGAGGAGGGGUGAGCG